UUUGUUUCCACGUCGCAUACCAAUUUUCUAGAAAACUCUUAGUGUUAUUCGAAAUACUAGAAUUAAAAAUGUGUUUCAAAAUUUCAACAGCGAUUUUCUCCGAACAUGCAAUGUGGUUCAUACGACCUAAUCAAAACAAACUCUAGAAAUAUGAAUAUCACAACAUCAAGGUUUAGGAAUACACCCCUGGAAAACUUAAAAACUAAACUUGUUGAGUGAUUUUGUUUUGUCGUGAAGUCAGCAGAUAUUUGUCUCAAAUUUUGUGGUCAUGCACGAAAUUGUUUAAAGAUCUAUAUAGGAUUUUUAAAUCAACGUUUUUGAAAUGGCAACUGCUACCGGCAGUAGUGCUAAUCCACCAGCACUGAUCAGCAUCAAAGCGGAAUCAAGCAAACAGGAUAGCUCGGUAAAAUUUCCCGAUCAAGGACACGAAGAUGGAAUCGCCGAUCCCUGCCUCAUAUCGUCCAUCGAAAAUGGACAGAAAGACACACAGCAAGAAAUAAAAAUGGAAAUAGAUGUAACAGAACCCGAGGUCCAGAACAACGAGGGGGAAGGACAACACACUCGUAGUGGUAAGAAACCGCGAUGGACCAAGAGUCACAACGAAUCUCGCUAUAGGAAAUGCAAUUUGUGCCAAAAGUCCUUUGCUGGCCAGGACCGGUUGCUGAUACAUAGAAUGAGACACCAUGGUUUGGGAGAUGAGUUGGAGAAUCGAGCUCAGAUUAGCUACUCGGAAGUAGAAGAAAUGUUGUCGAAAAUUUUUCCCUAUCAAUGCAACGAGUGUCGCAUUUAUUUCCGAUACAAGGAACUAAUGACAGAACACGACAAAGUUCACGAACCUGAACCAGUGAUUGUCGAAGGAAUUGAACAAGGAGAAAUUAUCCACGGUAAGGACCAUCACAAUAAGAUUAAAUCGUCUCAAAAAAGACGUUAUAAAUGUGAAAUCUGCGAGAAAGAUUUCGACAAAAAAGAACGAUAUGUUAUACAUAAAAUGAAUGCUCAUCAGAUAGAAGAUGAACGGCUCGGGGCGAUUUCCGAAAGUGCUAAUCGAUGCGAAGAAUGUGGCGAAACUUUCCCAUAUAAAAGAAUGCUCGUCGUUCAUCAAAGCAAGGAACAUUCGAAGCGGGACAAAAAGUAUCCUUGCGAUAUAUGUGGUAAGGAAAUGUCUUCCGGUUAUAAACUGAAUUUGCACCGCAUUAAAUUGCACGAUUCUUUGAAUGUAAAGCGCGAAAGCUCUAACCAUCAUUGCGAACAGUGUGGCAAAACAUUUCACUAUAAGCACGACUUGAACAAACAUUUGCUGAUGCAUUCGGAUCAAGCUAAGCAAUUUCAGUGUAAAUUGUGUGACAAAAUCUUUCCAGACAAACUCGCCUACAACCGACACAUGCAGUAUUCGCACGAAACCCCUAGCACAACAGAUACAGAAACUGUUUGCGAAAUAUGCAGUAGAAGUUUUAUGAACCAACAAUUGGUUAUUUUUCACAUGACCGAUAGUCAUUCCGGGGCUGGGGACGAAAAAUCCAACUUUCAAUGCUGCAAGUGCGACAAGGCUUUUCCCAAAAAAUUAGCCUUAAAACUGCAUAUCACGAAUGUUCAUUACUUGAGCUACCCGUGUGAUAUGUGCGACCAAAAGUUUCGGUCGAAGGUCUUGCUCGAUGAGCACCACAGCACGGUGCAUCUCGGGAAGCCCCUCUAUCAAUGUGAAUUUUGUGGUUUACGCCUGCACACGCAACAUACCUACUGUAUCCACCGGACGAACCAACAUCCCAGAGAGUAUGCCAAGCUGAAGAGGGAACAUAAAGCCAAAAAACUGCCGUACAAUCGCGGGGCCUAGAUUGCUAUCUGUGUGACAUAGGUAUGUAUUAAAUUAUUUGAAGAAAAAACGUACUUAUGAUGAUGAAUGGAAUUGUUUUUA